AUGUCGAAAGCAAAAUACAUUGUUGAAGGAGGAUCCUCAAAUCGACCUCCAUUCUUUGAUGGAUCAGACUAUUAUUUUUGGAAAAACAAAAUGCAGUUGUUCUUAAAAUCUCAGGACACAGGAAUGUGGCGCAUCAUCACAGAUGGAGAUUUCACACCAAGGGUUGAUCAAGAUGACUCGAAUUCUGCCUUAAAAAAGGAAGCAGAUUGGACAGCAGAAGAUAAAGCUAAGGUACUUCUAAAUUCUAAAGCUCAAUUAUUCUUAUCAUGUGCUUUAAGCAGGGAAGAAAGUGAAAGGGUAGAUGAAUGCACAACUGCAAAAGAAGUCUGGGAUACAUUGCAAACUCACCAUGAAGGAACAAGCCAUGUCAAAGAAACAAGGAUAGACAUUGGUAUAAGGAAAUUCGAAUUGUUUGAAAUGCAAGAAGGAGAAACCAUUGAUGAAAUGUACUCAAGAUUCACCACAAUAGUAAAUGAAAUGCGCUCUCUUGGCAAAGCCUAUACUGUGCAAGAAAGAGUAAGAAAAAUCAUGAGGUGUCUCCCAAUCAUUUGGAGACCAAUGGUGACAGCUAUAAGCCAAGCCAAGAACCUUGAGUCACUGCCUCUGGAAGAACUAAUUGGAACUCUAAGAGCUCAUGAGAUAGUAUUGCAAGAAGACAAACCAGUCAAGAAAGGAAAGGCAAUAGCACUGAAAGUCUCUCAAGAAAAAAUCACAGUUCCAGUUGAAGAGGAAUCAGAAGAGAAUGAACAAGGAGAUGCUGAUGAAAUUGCGCUUCUCACUAGAAGAAUACAAAGAAUGAUGAGAAGAAGAGAUCAAAUCAAAAAGGGAUUUCAAAACAGAAAUCCUAAAACAGAGAUUGACAAGAGUCAAGUCACAUGCUUUGGAUGCAACAAAUUGGGACAUUACAAGGCAGAAUGUCCAUCAAACAAAAAUCCACCAAAACGAUUUCCCUUCAAAAAGAAAUCAAUGAUGGCAACAUGGGAUGAUUCAGAGGAAUCAGAAACUGAGGAAGAAGAAGAAGAAGAAGCCAACAUAUGCUUGAUGGCAAAAACAGAGGAAGAUGAGGUAAUAAAUUCUAAACCAUGUCAUUUAUGUCAACAAAUGGGAAAUGAAUUUGAUAACUUGUUAAAUGACUCAAAUCUUCUUAUUCAAAAAUGUAGUUCUCUGAAAGAACAGUUUUAUAAAGAGAAAGAAGCGAAAGAAAGAAAUCAGGCUGAAAAUAAUCUGUUAAAAAAAAUGAUUCAAGAAUUGAAAGAAACAAAAGUUUUUGAAAGCGAAGAAUGUCAAGAACGUUCUGCGCUACAAAUGGAGAACGUUCAACUUAGAAAUGAAAAUGAACUUCUCAAAACAGAUUUACUAAACUUCAUUAAAGCCACUGAAACUUUUCAUAACAUCAUGGGAUCUCAAAUAGGAAUUUUUGAUAAAGCUGGUCUUGGUUUCAAUCAAACCCAAAAAACCAAACUCUAUGAAAACUUCUUUGUUGGUUUUCAAAAUACAAAGAGAAAGCCUUGGUUCUUGGACAGUGGCUGUUCAAGGCACAUGACAGGAGAUAGAAAUUGUUUCAUAACCUUCAGCAAGAAGGAUGGUGGUUCGGUCACAUUUGGAAAUGAUGAUCAAGCUCAAAUUAAGGGAAAUGGAACCAUUGGUAAGACAAACUCUGCUCAAAUAAAUGAUGUCCAAUACGUGGAAGGAUUAAAACACAAUUUAUUAAGCAUAAGUCAGUUAUGCGACAAUGGAUGCGAAGUCGUUUUCAAGCCAAAGGUAUGUGAAGUAAAACAGCCCCCAGAGCGUUCUCCCUCUCCACCACCUCGCCCAUCACCACCACACACAUCUUCUGCCUCUCCCUCUUCUCACAAUAGUCAAGAAGUUCUAAACCUCAUUCCUCUGUCUAUCUUUCUUCCAUCACUAUACACUCGUCCUACACCAAACUUCGCUCAAGUGUCUCCCCAUCUUUGCACUAGAAUCACUCCUCCACGCCGCUCCAUGCGUGUCCAGUCUGGUAUUGGUACGUCAAAAUCCAUGAACCCUAAACCACAUUAUUUCAUCAUUUCAGACUCUGAGAGUGGUGACUCUUCUGAUUCGUGUCCCCCAGUAGCAAAAUCACCAACACAAACUGAACCACAAAGAAACACGAUGCCCACAGUACCAACACCACCACCACAAAUUCCAUCAACAACUACUAACCCUUCGACACCCUCAAAGUCGGCUUUCUCUUCUGAACCUUCGCACUCAACUCCUCCCCAUCAAAAACGGAGAUCGUUAAAUGACAUGCACCAUACGGAUGUUCUUGGCUGGACUUCAUUUAUAAAGAUCUCUGAAUCUUAUUUCCCAGAUGUUGUCCGUGCAUUCUACUGCAAUGCCAAAACUUUCGCUGACAAAUCUCUUUUUAUCUCAAAAAUUAAGGGAGUGGAAAUCAGAUUGACUCCAGACAUUUUGGCCAACAUCCUUCAGCUACCAACGGAAGGGCCAUCUGUCUUUGGUGACAACUGGUAUUCGGCUUUGGGUCUUAGAAAUACAGAUGUUUUGGCCGAUCUGUUUGAAGAAAACUCCACAUGA